AUCAUUCCUGCCCUCUGUCCUGGCUCCGGCGUACUGCGGCUCCCUUCCCACCCGCUGGAAAUGUCGCUGGAAACUCUGAGUGGAGCUUGCCGGCCCCCGCCCGACGCCAGUCCUGCGGUGGGGGCCCGGGGAAGCAGCUGGGAAAGCGGAGCGGGCUCCCCGGGGACACUGGGCGGUCCCUCCCGGCGCCGCCUCGCGACCAGCCCGGCCCCCGGCAAGGUCCUCGGUGUCCCCGCGCCCUAACAGGGGGCACUCGCACGCCCCCGGCCGGCGGGCCCGAGCCCCCGCCCUCCACUCCAGCUCGGCCCGCGGUGCAGAUCGCAGGGAGACACACUCCGCCGCCCGCCAGCCAGGGCGCCUCUCACGGUCCUAACUCCCCGCGCGCGCCCUAAGCCCCAGCUCCCGCCCCGUGGAUCCCCCUCUUCCUCCUUGGGCGCGCAGCCUAACGGAGCCAGUCCUGACCCGGUCACGAGGGCGAACGGCACGACUCGGACUUCUCCCUGCCCUCCCUCCCCGAGGGUCCGCUGUGGCCGCGCCAGGCAGGAGCCGCGCAGAGAUGCUCUUGCCCUCCCGGGCGUCCUCAGUCCCCGCCACCUGCUCGCCUGGGAAGAGAGCACGCAGAGAAGCAGCUGGUCCACACCAAGUCCUCCAGCCUUGACCCGAGCAUGCAGGCCCCACCCUGCAGCCUCCCAGCUGGGCUCAGCCUGGAUGACUUCAUCCCCAGCCACCUUCGGGCCCAUGCACAGUCAACCCCCCGGGGGACACGGGUGCCUGUGAUCCGGAAUGGUGGCUCCAACACCCUUAAUUUCCAGUUCCAUGACCCUGCGCCCAGGACCGUGUGCAAUGGGUACUUCCCACCGAGGAGAGAGGCUCCCAGGCAGCCAGACCCUGCUUGGUAUCAGACCUGGCCAGCCCCUGGGAGCCGGCCCUCUGGGAACCAGAAGACUCCUGCCUCCCAGCAUCCCCAGAACUGGUCAGCCACGUGGACCAAGGACAGCAAACGUCGGGAGAAACGCUGGGUCAAGUAUGAGGGCAUCGGGCCUGUGGAUGAGAGCGGCAUGCCUAUUGCACCCCGAUCUAGUGUCAACAGCCCCAGGGACUGGUACCGGAAAAUGUUCCAGCAGAUUCACCGGAAAAUGCCAGACCUGCAGCUGGACUGGACCUUUGAGGAAGCCCCCAAAGUGGCUUCUUCCAGUGCCACCUCGGCAGAUUCAAAGCAUCCAGGGCCCCAGCAAAGACCUGCGGCCAGGCCAGGCCAGUCGUCGACUCUGAGCGGAAGAAGCUGGGAUGUCUCUGAAGAGUUUCUUAGAAGCACCUUCAACUGUAAUUCUGGAGCACCCUCCUCCCUGCACCCGACCCCAAAUCAGGUGCCUAGACGCCGAGAGAAAGUGGACAAUGUCUGGACAGAAGAAUCUUGGAACCAGUUUCUACAAGAACUAGAGACUGGUCAGAAGCCCAAGAAACCGCUGGUGGAUGAGCCUGUUGAGAAGACCUCCCAGCCCAUUGAGGUCCUGCUGGAGAGGGAGCUGGCCAAGCUGAGCGCAGAGCUGGACAAGGACCUGCGGGCAAUUGAGACCCGGCAGCCGUCCCCCAAGAGCUCGCAGGCGCCCCGACGGUCCCGGGAGCCGCGGCCUCCAGCGUGCCCGGCCUCCACCUGGAGCGCCAGCUCCCCGAAUGCACUUUACCAGGGUUCCUCCCUGAGCCCCCACAGGAUGGCGGAUGGAGGAAGCCCCUUCCUAGGUCGUAGAGACUUUGUCUACCCUUCCUCAACCCGAGACCCUAGUGCCUCGGAACGAGGGGCCAGCCCAGCCAGGAAGGAAGAGAAGAAGAGGAAGGCCGCCAGGCUCAAGUUUGACUUCCAGGCACAGUCCCCCAAGGAGCUGACUCUGAAGAAGGGUGACAUUGUCUACAUCCACAAAGAGGUGGACAAGAACUGGCUGGAGGGGGAGCACCACGGCGGGCUGGGCAUCUUCCCUGCUAAUUACGUGGAGGUGCUGCCUGCAGAUGAGAUCCCCAAGCCCAUCAAGCCUCCAACCUACCAGGUGCUGGAGUAUGGAGAAGCUGUGGCCCAGUACAACUUCAAGGGGGAUCUGGAGGUUGAACUUUCCUUCCGAAAGGGGGAGCGCAUCUGCCUGAUCCGCAAGGUGAAUGAGCACUGGUACGAGGGCCGUAUCUCCGGCACCGGACGCCAGGGCAUCUUCCCUGCCAGCUACGUGCAGGUGAGCCGGGAGCCCCGGCUCCGGCUCUGCGAAGAUGGCCCCCAGCUGCCUGCGUCUCCCCGCCUGACUGCCACCCGCCUGGCCCAUCACCACAGCUCCCCGUUAACGCCGCACAGCCCAGCUGACCCCACCGACUGGGGUGGCCGGACCUCCCCUCGCCGCACUGGCUUCUCCUUCCCUGCCCAGGAGCCCAGACCCCAGACUCAGAGUCUCAGCACCCCUGGGUCAGCUCUGUCCCAUCCCGGAGUCUCCAGCCGUCCCCUGGACCAGGGGACCUCUUCCCUCAACACCACUCAGAUACACUGGACCCCGUACCGGGCGAUGUACCAGUACAGGCCCCAGAACGAGGAUGAGCUGGAGCUGCGGGAGGGGGACCGGGUGGAUGUCAUGCAGCAGUGUGACGAUGGCUGGUUUGUGGGUGUCUCCCGGAGGACUCAGAAAUUUGGGACAUUCCCUGGAAAUUACGUAGCCCCGGUGUGAGUGGUCUCCGUGGCAACACAGAGCCCAGCCAGGAUGGGGCGGGGAGCAGUAGCACUUAUGGGAGGGAGAGAGGACCCCUCUCUCCCACAUCCUCCUCCCCUAGGACCUGAGCUGCUGGCAUCUGCUGACAACCCCGGCAGCCUUUCCCGCGGAACCUCCCUCAAACCCCCCUGGACUGAUUCCCACCCACCACUCACAAGCAUUCCUCUAACAGCCGUUUUAUUUCCUGCCCUACCCCACUCCCCAAAUAUAGAGGUCUGCUUUGAAGUGGAAACUGUUUCCCGGCCUUAUUGAGACCAGACCCCCCUUACCCCACCCUGCUAUGGCGUUUCCUCUAACAGGGAUCGGCUCCCAGCUUCACCCCCGUGGGGUUCCUCUAACAAGGACCAGCUUCCUAACCAAAGGCCGCCUGUGCCCAGAGGGGAUUCCUCCCCUUUCUCUCCAGCUUGCCUGCUGCAGUCCCCUUUGCCUUCCUGCCUCCAGCUGAGCCUGGGAGCAAAGUGGGGGAUGGAUGCAGCACUUUCUCAGCAUUGGAGGCUUCCGGGCAAGAGGUCUUGCCCCAAGGCCCCUUCUUCCCUGGGCCUGGGCUGUGCUUAUUGUCUUGCUGCUGUUGUGCCCAGGAAGGGUGGGGCCUCCAAGGACUGGCCUGUCCCAAAUGUUUUCCAGGGUGACUGAUGUGUGCUGUCCUCCUGCCUGUCCAGCUCCCCCCAACCCCCAAGUCCCCUCUGGAAGAGAAUGUAAAAUAAAUCUGGCUACAGAGACCUUG